AUGUUAAAUGUAUUGCAAAUAAUUAUCAUGCAAAAUAAUUAUUUUUCGACAUCUCAAUUGACAAGAAAAUUUAAUGAGAUAACAAACCCAUCAUCGAUAAAUGCUUCUCGGAAAAAUCUUACCGGAUCGGUCGUGCAACAGAUAAAAGCGAGUUAUUACCGAAUCGAUCUAUCAUCAGGGCUUAAUUCGCAAGUUUUCAGCAACGUGAAGGCGUCUGUGAAAAUUUUCCCUAAAGUACCAAUUUAUAUGACAAGUAUAGCCAGUCAUAUCAUUUUUAUUAGAUCACCUACGAAGCAGGAGAAAAAUUUGGCUCUAACAUCACGGACCCUAGUGAAAUAUGAUCACUGCAUCACAGGCUCCGUUGAUUUUCAGCAUGAGAAUAUACUUAGUGACAGGAAUUCUAUGAUUCCUGAUGAACUAUGA